AUGAUAUCCUCGGCUGUCCUCAUUCCUGAGGAGCCUCAGGUCGACCCUGCAGACCAACAUGGCUCCCUCAAACGCCGCCAGUCCUCCCUUUCCGAAUCCUCAGAAUCAAAUAAACGCCCCCGCCUCAACUCACAGACGUCAACGGCCGAAACGAACAAUGGCGAAGCGUCGCCAACGGCGCCAUCAGCAACUUCGCCAGCCGCAGUAGGCGCUCCAGGAGGACAGCCAUCGGCGAUGUCGCCUCCUCCGCCUCGCCGGCGACAGACAUCUUCGACUCUGGAACAGGAUAAAUCUCGAAACCGAAGACUUUUCGGUGCCCUACUCGGCACUCUUUCGCAAUCCUCGAACGCAUCGAGAAGGUCGUCCGCAGGGACCAAGAUAAAUAUUCCAACAACGACAUUAAACGAACGACGUGAAGAAAUCGAAUCGCGUCAACGGGAACGCCUAAAACGCGAGUCCCAGGAGAUCGCCGAAUCUGCCCGCGCAAAAAGGCAACAACUUCAGCGCGAGCGACGAGUCGAGCAGUUGCGCUGGGAUGAAGAAGCAAUGAAAUUGCGGCAUAGGAAUAUGAGGGCCGCCGCUGGAUUUUUACAGACCAAGGCAGAGCCACGAUUGUACUAUAAGCCCUGGGAGUUGCGCGACCCGGAGGAAGACGAGAUUAAACAGCAGAUCGAGGAGGCGGAGGCCACGAUUCAGCGGGAGACCGAGGAAUUCGAGGAGAAGAGGAAGUCGAGGGAACAGGAGCUGAAGGAAGAAGAGAAGGAGGCACAGCACCCGCCGGGUCCAACAAGCCUCCCUGGAGAUACCACGAAAGACGAAGGAGACGAUCGCCACGACACAAAAGGCGAGGUUGCCAACGACGCAUCUGGAAACGAACAACCAAAUCAGAUCACAAGUCAAAAGGAUGGGGAAGAUCAAUCCUCCCCCCACGAUGCUUCCGGUCCGCUGAAGGACACCGACCCUGCGGAACACCCAUCGAAAGCCGAGAGGCGGCGCAGCAGCAGUAGCAAAGAGCACGACGACCAUGAUCAUGGCGGCGAAGAACUCGAGCGUGGACAAGAAGACGAUGUAAUAUACUGA